AUGGCAGAUCUUAACGGAACCACGCUGAACCGAGUUGAGCGCCACGCUACGUACGUUAAUUUCCCACGACAUGAUGACUGCGCGUAUCUGCAUACACUGGACAUCGAGGAACAGUGUUCGUUCGUCGAGAGCACCGAAGCUUGCGCCGAGAGCCAGUUCUACUUCAAUUACAUCCAGUUUCUCUACUGCACGAUCGGCUCGGAACACGAGUAUUUGUUUGCGUUAGGCUUUGUACUGCUGAUGUGUGUCUGUAUUUAUUAUUUUAUUAUCCUAGGUACCACGGCAGAUCAAUUCUUCUGUCCUACGCUGGCAGUGAUGGCAAAAACCCUCAACAUCAGUGAAUCGCUCGCAGGGAUAACGAUACUGGCGUUCGGUAAUGGCUCGCCGGAUUUAUUCACCGCCGUCGCUAACCCGGAUGCCGAUACGGAGCUAAUGUUUGCCGAACUACUCGGUUCGGCUGCCUUUGUAAUCGGUGUAAUUGGUGGGAUAGUGCUAGUGAUCCAACCAUUCAGCCUGCCGCCCUGGGGCAUAUCGAGAGAUUUGGCCUUUUUCAUCGGGACCCUGCUUUGGAUCACCUACACAACAGCAGACGAACGGUUCAGCCUGGUCGAGAGUGGAGUACUGAUCGGAAUCUACGUCAUUUUCCUGGUCCUGGUCGUCUGGGAGUUCAUUCGAGCGAGGCGUGAAGUGGAAGGGAUGCGAUCAAGAAGUAAGUAGAUCGUUUUUUCUUCUAAUCGACAUUGAAUCACCCUUUCCCUUAGUCUCACUGCAAGGAGGCAUUCCAGAGCAGGACGCUUCAUUCAGGAGAGCACUGCAACGCCAACAAUGCCUGAAGAUUUUGAAUUGUAUGGUAUUCGAAUACCGAACAAAGGACUGUGGACUGACUUCUUGCGCCACGUGAAUCCAAUCGAUGCGAACGCAUGGGCCGAAGCAGGAUGGUUUAUGCGAAUGUUUACCAUCAUAAAGGCUCCAUUCUUGGUGGUACUGCUACUUCUCAUUCCGAUCGUUGACACGACGCUGGAACGCGACGGAUGGUGCAAGCUGCUGAACAUCAUCCACUGUAUGACGCUACCGUUGAUGAUGGUUUGGGUGAAUGGAUUUGCUUUCAACAUGUUCGCAAGAAUCUCGGUCGCUGGUUGGACCGCAACUCUGGGUAUGUCGUUGAUGGUAAUUGUGUUCUGUACCUCACGGACCGAUCGCUGCCCACCGUACCACAAGCUGUUCACAGUGCUGAGCUUCUUGGGUUGCAUUCAGAUCAUCUAUCUCGUCGCACAGGAGGUGGUGAGCGUACUGGAAACGUUGGGCAUUGUGAUGAAGCUCUCAAAGUCCAUCCUGGGGCUGUCGCUACUCGCCUGGGGCAACAGUGUCGGCGAUCUGUUCUCAAAUAUAGCCUUGGCUCGGCAGGGUUACGCGAAGAUGGCAUUCGCCGCCUGUUUCGGUGGGCCUUUGUUGAACCUUUGUCUUGGACUGAGCUUCACUCUGAUAGCGAAAGCGCUCAAGGAUCCCAAUUGGAUAGCACAAGUUCGCAAAGGAGUGAUGGGAGAGAACUGUGAAGUCUAUCUGCUGCAAAUUCUCGCCACAACCUGGCUCGGUUUAUUGUUCACCAACUUUCAGGCCCGUCGUAGCAUCGGCCUAUCGAUGAUUGUGACGUAUCUGGUAUUUUUGGCCUUUUCCUUCCUCGGUGAGUUCGAUCUCAUACAUCCUUACGGUACCGAUCAUCAUCCCGAUCCGAACUGGUCUAGUGGCAGUGUGGCAGGAUGA